ACAGUAGACCACAAGAAAAUACUGUUUUGUUAGAAGGAAUUAUACAUUAUGUAUAGUGUGUGCCGUGUAGUCUAUAUUCUGGUUAUGCGGAAAUACAAGAACUGUUAGUCAUGCAAAAGAAAAUAGAACGUGAUGUACCGGAUUGCAUUGCACCACCGUAUUUCAGUUUCGAGUGUACAGUACAGAUAUGAAUGCAGGGUCAAAUGGAACAGUAGUUAGGUUACGUAUAUAUCAAAGUUAACAGUUUGGUUUUGCGUGGUCUAUGCAGAGAAGAAUAUUUACAAAAUUAAAUACCCGUAGCCUCACGGCUCUAUAAUUUUAAGUGCGAACGGUAUCCCAUCUUAUCCCACAGUAUAGGUUGUAGGUUUUUAAAAUGUCGUCCAACACGUACGACACUGUUGAAAUAAGACCGAAGCCCUUGCAAGAAACAAUUGAAAGUGAACCGUGUUAUUUUGGUACUAUAUCAAGAGAAGAAGCAGAGACAAACUUACUGGAACGCGGGGAAAACGAUGGUACUUUUCUAGUGCGUAAAGGCACAGAUGGGGAGUAUCGUAUAUCUCUUCUUUCCAGUACAAGUGACGGAUCGUGCAGGGUUUAUAAUUAUAGAGUUAAAUUGGCAACAAACAGAACUUACAGCAUAGAUGACACGUAUUCGUUUCCCGCGGUCCACCAACUUGUACGUUACUAUUCUCAGAAAUGUAGCGGUCUGCCCAGUAAACUCGUAGCGCCGUGUCCGAAAGAAGAUUUGGAGAAAGAACCGGAAAGCGGAUUCCACCCUUUAUUGCCCGUGAUUGCUGGUAGUUCAGUUGAAAUGAGAUCUCAACUUUCAUGUGGAAGUUAUUCAGAAAUAUGGAAAGCCAACUACCUUCGAACCACGUUCGCAGCGAAAUGCGCUUUGAGUAACCACUGCACGUUACUGGUAAAAGAAGCAAACAUUAUGAGGGAAUUAAGACACAACAAUGUCGUACAGAUUAGCGGUGUAAUAUUAGAGCCCCAAACCAUUGUAUUCGACUACUAUCCUAACCGGGACCUGUUAGACUACAUGCUUAGAGGAGAAAAAUACGAGAUGACAAAUUACCACAGAACGCAAAUGGCUAUUCAGGUAGCAUCCGGACUUGAGUACAUCUCCAAGCGUGGCAUCAUUCAUCGCAACAUCCGAGCUUCCAACAUCCUCGUGGAUCAAAAUCUUGGUUGCAAAGUUUCCAGUUUCGGUUAUGCUGUAAAUAUGGACAAGGAUGGGCGGUAUAUCAAAGACGAAGAUGACCGACCCUUUCAAUCUCAAAUGUUCCGCUGGAUGGCGUUAGAGGGCGCCUCCCUUGGAUACUUUUACUCCAAGAGUGAUGUAUGGAGCUAUGGCUGUCUUUUGGUUGAAAUUUUUACAAACGGUGAAGCACCAUUCUCAGGCGAGUUAACACAAAACAUACUGCGCAAAGUAUCUUCAGGAGUGCGUGUUGGAAAACCACCGAUCGCAUCACAAGAAAUGUACGAUAUUAUGAAGCUAUGUUGGCACCCAAAUUACGACCAAAGGCCCGAUUUCAAUAAAAUUCAGACGUUGCUGAAACUAUUGACUGAUAAAAAGGUGACCAUCAAACCGAAGGCGAUUAAAGCUGCCAAACGUAACAAAUAUAACGUCAACCUAUCUUCGCCUCUUCGAUCGAAGAGUACAUCGUGACGUUUUAUGAAUUACUAACGGCCAGCAAUUUUCAUUAGUUUUACUCGGUUACACUUCACCUGAA